GUGUGUCUAUCGUGUAUAACACAUUUUUUGACCUAAUUAAGGAGUGACUUGGGAAAACCAGGCACCGCACACGGUAGUAUUUAGUGACUCGGUUAGAAGCAGACAACAAAAGAAUCUGUACAGCCAAAGCAUACCUGUGCAAGCUGAGGUAUAUAUACAACGUCUCUCUCCUUCUACAGGGAAUACCAAACAGAAACAAUGAACAUGGAUCCCGUACCGGUGAAUAUGCCUCCCCAAAUGGCGACGUCCGUCACAAAUGUUGUAGUGACCACUCAGCCGCAGAUUAAUAAUGCCUUGAUGGUCACUGGCACUUCUGGACACAGACAUUGGUCUACAGGGCUCUUCGGAUGUUUUGACGAUAUCCCCUCAUGUCUCCUGACGUUUUUCUGUUUGCCAUGUAUGGAAUGCAAACAAGCCAGUCGUAUUGGGGAGUGCUGCUGUAUGCCUUACUGUGUCCCGGGAGGAGUCAUUGCCAUGCGAGCCAGGGUCAGAACAAUGGGUGGUAUACAGGGAUCUGUGUGCAAUGACUGUAUGACCCUGACAUGCUGUGGACCCUGUGCUACGUGCCAGUUGGAUCGCGAACUCACCAAUAUGGGUGUUCUGUAAGUGGUGAUACAGAAACACAGAGACACGUAUUUUCGUUAUAAUAUACAUGGACUUUUGUGUUAUUUAGAAACUACAAUGAUACAGUUUAUAGCAUAAUUCUAGUUCUGAUCAUCUUGAGGAGAUGUGAUUAGUCUAAAAAAUUUUAAAUACCCUUAUUAUUGUUCAAUAUUUUUAUCAUUUCACUUGAGGUUGAAAACUCAAAAAGAUGUGAAAAACAUUUACUAAUGAGAUCUUGCCUUAUUGUACGGUACCUUAGAUACCAGCAUCUUAUACUGAUUCGUUAAUAUCAAAUACUGUUAUUUUCUUGUUUAUAUACAUAUAAAUGCUCAGAUCCAUGUUAAUGCCGAAAUGGUAUAAGUUGAUAUAUACGAGGACCAAUCGUGUAGCUGUUAAGCUGUGACGUUUUCCUCUGUUGUUUUUUCCUAUCCAGAGUCGAUUGGGACUUUAAAUAGAUUGUUAUAGUCAGUAGAUCAAAAACGUGAAGUUACACAUAAUACAAUGCACCCUAUUCCUUUUGAUGUGACGUUGAUGUAAAUACAUGUAAUGUUUUUCAUGUUCACAAUUUGUGAGAAAUCGAUUAUCAAUCACAGAGUUUUCUUAAUAAAGUUUAUAAAUAUGA